AUGAGCGUGCGCUUCUCCGGGACGUCUGACUUUGCUGACCUCCUGGCCAAGAGCCCCGGCAGCCUGCUCUACUCCUGGGCCUCGCCGGAGCUGGUGGAGCUGAUGACUAAACGCGGGGCCAGCGGGCCGGGCGCGGCCAGCGGCCUCAGCAUGCGCCAGGAGCUUGUGAUCUCCAACCUCGUGCGCGUCAACACGGUGAUCUCUCAGAGCAUCAGCAAGCAAGACGAGGACCGCACAACAGAGUUCCUCUACGCGGCCGCACGGGGCGACACACGCCAGAUGCGGCUGAUGAUGCAGCAGGGCUUCAACCCCGACUCUGUGGACUACGACGGCCGCACCGCCCUCAUGCUGGCCUGCGCGCGGGGGCACCCUGAUGUUGUGGCCCUGCUGCUGCAGGCCGGUGAGCCGCGCGCCACUGACAGGGCCUGGUUUUUGUCUGCUGCUGCCUUGAGCUUUUUGUCGUAG